UCGAGCAGCUCAGCUCACCACCACCACACACGGGAAGAUAACUGGUUGGCCAUGCUGCCGACCUUCUCGCCGACGGCGAGCGCCUCGGCGACGCCUCCGCCGCGGCCGAUACCAGGCAGCUACGGCCCGCCGGUGAUCGGCGCGCUCCAGGACCGCCUCGACUACUUCUGGUUCCAGAGCCAGGACGAGUUCUUCCGCCGCCGCGCCGCCACGCACCGGAGCACCGUGUUCCGCACCAACAUCCCGCCCACGUUCCCCUUCUUCGUCGGCAUCGACCCGCGCGUGAUCGCCGUCGUCGACGCCGCCGCCUUCACCGCGCUCUUCGACAACACCCUCGUCGACAAGCGCGACAUCCUCAUCGGCCCCUACAACCCCGGCGCCGGCUUCACCGGCGGCACCCGCGUCGGCGUCUACCUCGACACCGAGGAGCCCGAGCACGAGCGCGUCAAGAAGUUCGCCAUGGCCCUCCUCCACCGCAGCGCCCAGACCUGGCCCACCGAGCUCCGCGCCGGCGUCGACGGCAUGCUCGACGCCGUGGAGGCCGACCUCGCCAAGGCCACCGGCGACAAGCCCUCCGCCAACUACGUCGUCCCGCUGCAGCAAUGCAUCUUCCGCUUCCUCUGCAAGGCGCUCCUCGGCGCCGACCCCUCCGCCGACUGGUUGGUGGACAGGUUCGGGUUCACCAUCCUCGACGUCUGGCUGGCCCUGCAGAUCCUACCCACGCAGAAGAUCGGCCUCAUCCAGCCGCUGGAGGAGCUGCUCAUCCACUCCUUCCCGCUGCCCUCCUUCGUGAUCUGGCCGGGCUACUACCUGCUCUACCGCUUCGUGGAGAAGCACGGCGCCGAGGCCGUCGAGUUCGCGGCCAGGGAGCACGGCAUCGGCAAGAAGGACGCCAUCAACAACCUCCUCUUCGUGCUCGGCUUCAACGCCUUCGGCGGAUUCUCGGUGUUCCUGCCGUUCCUGGUGGCCAAGAUCGGCGAGGCCUCCGACCCGGCGGGGCUCCGGCCGCGGCUGCGGGAGGAGGUGCGGGCGGUGAUGCGCGCCAGCGGCGACGCCGUGUUCGGGUUCAAGGCCGUCCGGGAGAUGCCGCUGGUGCGGUCGACGGUGUACGAGAUGCUCCGGAUGCAGCCGCCGGUGCCGCUGCAGUUCGGCCGCGCGCGCAAGGACUUCGUGCUCCGCUCGCACGGCGGCGCCGCGUUCCAGGUGGCCAAGGGCGAGGUGCUGUGCGGGUACCAGCCGCUGGCGAUGCGGGACCCGGAGGUGUUCGACCGCCCGGAGGAGUUCGUGCCGGAGCGCUUCCUCGGCGACGAGGGCCAGGCGCUGCUGCAGCACCUCUUCUGGUCCAACGGGCCGGAGACCACGCAGCCGGCGGCCGGGAACAAGCAGUGCGCCGCCAAGGAGGUGGUGGUGGACACGGCGUGCAUGCUGGUGGCGGAGCUGUUCCGGCGGUACGACGACUUCGAGGUGGAGGGCACGUCCUUCACCAAGCUCGUCAAGAGGCAGCCGGCGCCGAGCUUGUCCCCCGCAGCCGCCGGAGCCAAGUGAGGAUCGUCGACGAGUAGUAUGUGUAGGCCCCGCCUUGUCAGUCUCUGUUCGAUGUCGUCCCCGGCCGUUGAAAAUAAGCACUUGUGCAAUUGCAAAGUGGAUACACGGACAGGGCACACCUGUAUAUUGAAGAACACUUGAAAGUUGCGAAUUGAGCACACUUGGAUUUUGGCUUAUCUUUUUUUUUGGGAAACUUUCUCCUAAUAUUAUUUGAGUCCUAAGGCCAGUA